AGCCAACCCUUCUUUGUCAGUGGCUUGCUACCCACAGAACAAACCUAAUUAUCAGAAAGUCUGUCGGACACGUACGGCACAAAAAGCGCCAAUAUAUUUUAUCUCUGCGAAGUCGUCGCCCUUUUAUCGCAUGUCCACUAUCCAGAACCUCCAGUCUGUCGAUCCCUUUGCUGAUGCAACCAAGGGUGACAACUCACUCCCGGCAGGGACAGAAGAUAAAAUCCACAUCAGGAUCCAGCAACGGAACGGGCGCAAGACGCUGACCACAGUGCAAGGGAUAUCAGAUGAUUAUGACAAAAAGAAGCUUGUAAAAGCUUUCAAAAAGAAAUUUGCUUGCAAUGGCACUGUGAUUGAGCAUCCGGAAUACGGGGAGGUGAUCCAGCUCCAGGGCGACCAGAGGAAAAACAUUUGCAACUUCCUCCUCGAGAUAAACAUAGUCAAGGAGGAGCAGUUGAAGGUCCAUGGUUUCUAAAGUGUUGAACCUGCCAAGGGACAAAGUCUUCAUCGUUUUUUAGCAUUUCAUUAACAAUUCAUUGACCAUUUAAGUUUAGCAACAUGUCUGAUGCACUUUGAGGGGCAGUAAAACACAAUGGCUUUUCUUGUAAGGACAAAGUAUUCAUCUCCUGAGCUGUUAUGCACUUUCUUCCCUGUCUUCCAGUAGGAAAGAAAAAGCAUGGCUGCUGCUGCUCUUUUGUGUAUUCCAGGGCAGCAGUCAUGGAAGAAGUCUGGAUGGCCUCAUUUGGCUUUCCUAAAUUUCAUUUUCCAGAGAAUUAGUUACUACUGUGCUUGUAGUUGCCUUUGCAAGCUUUUAAAUACAUUAUCAAAAUUAGUCAUUGACAGCCAGCAUGGAACCGCAGUCAA